UGCUUCAUGGAGUCAAAAGAUCACAAUUUGGUGAAUCAGCAUUCAAGGUUUACGCAGUAUAGGAAACGUGCAGAUCGGCAUUCUGCGCGCUGGACCGUGCGAGUUCGUUGCGCUCCAUGUGAUGAUGUGUAUCUUGACUGUAGGCUAAUAUCCGGGUUGGUGGAGAGGCGGAGGGAGUGACGCUACGGUGAUUUCCAUUUUAAAAACGCUAGAAUACGAGCACGGAGUAAUCGCCGCAGCAAGGAAAAUAAUCAUAAUCGUAACUAGGAAUAUGAUUGUGCCGGUUGGACGAAGCAGACGACAAAACCGUCAGCGGAAUAUGGAUGCUGAAUUUUCGAAGUUCGUGAUUUAACUCACGAGUCAUACACUGCGCUGUUUUCACUGAUGAUAUAGCGAACAAAACCUAGUUUAUCCAUCCCACUACUAUAACUAGCAUGGAAAACGCAUUCAGCGGUGCACAUCCCGGGACUAGCAAGACCAACUCCGUGUUCUCUGCGGAUCGUGCGAACUCCGCUAGAAAGAUCGGGAGAACACACAGCCCGGGCUCGGUGUCAGUUGGUAGUCCGGCUGGAGGGACCGGGAAUCGGGGACGAGUAUCGGGUAACAGCCUCGGUCUGCAGCAGGCACACAAGGGGCACCUGGAAGGAGUGCUGUGUAAAUACACGAACCUGCUUCAAGGCUGGCAGAACAGGUACUUUGUUUUGGACCCAGAGCUGGGGCAGCUGCAGUACUUUGUCAACGAGCAUGCGAAGAGCCAGAAGCCGCGGGGUUCGCUGCCCCUGAUCGGGGCGGUGGUGGCGCACAGUGAUGAGGCGCCCCACAUGUUCACCGUCCACUCGACCAACGGGGAGCUGUACAAACUCAGAGCAUCUGAUGCCAAGGAGCAGCAGUUCUGGAUGAAUCAGCUGCAGACCUGUGCCAGACGCCACUCUGACAGCAGUGCGAAGCUGCGAAAGCUGAAGGGGUCCGAUGAGCACCUCUAUGUGGAGAAGACAGGGAAUGGCCAGGAGGGAAUGGGCUCCUCCUCCUCCUCAUCUGGUCGGACCCACAGCUUUGUGUUCCUCCCUCCCUCCUCCUCGCCCGGGACGCAGAGACACUCGGUCCACCCCGGGGCGCCCAAUAACAUCGUCACCAUCACCCAUCACAAGUCACCGGCCGCCGCCCGAAGGGCUAAAAACCAGUACCCUGGGAGGCUCAUGGAGGUCAAAGAGAUCAUGACCCAGGUGGAGGGCCAGCAGAAGAGCCUGGUGCAUUCCAUCGAGUCGCUGCCUGCCCGCGGGCCGCUGUCCUGCCUGGACCAGGACCUGCUGCUGCUCAAGGCCACCUCGGCCGCCACCCUCAGCUGCCUGGGGGAGUGCCUGAACAUCCUGCAUCAGAACGUCACCCAGGUGACCCAGCAGAACCAGAACCGCGGCCCGCCCCCCGACGCUGGCCCUGAUUGGCCCGAGCCCAAGUCGCCCGCGGUGCAGCGGAUGAAGAACGGCAGCCUGAGCUCCCUGGCCUCGGCCGAGCCCUCCCCCGCCCUGCGGAAGAAGAGCCUGCCCCCGGGCGCGGAGCACACCGGUGUGGAGGCCUUCAGCCCCAGCGAGGAGGUGACGGACACCGAGGACAAUGAGGAGGAGGACCUGGGCGUGAUGGACGACCAGCGUAGCGUCAUCCUGCACCUGCUGUCACAGCUGAAACUGGGCAUGGACCUCACCAGGGUGGUGCUGCCCACCUUCAUCCUGGAGAAGCGCUCCCUGCUGGAGAUGUACGCCAACUUCAUGGCGCACCCGGACAUGUUCCUGUCCAUCACGGCGGCCGGGAGCCCCGAGGAGCGCAUCGUGGGCUUCGUGGAGUACUACAUGACCGCCUUCCACGAGGGCCGCAAGGGCGCCGUGGCCAAGAAGCCCUACAACCCCAUCCUGGGGGAGAGCUUCCGCUGCUCCUGGGAGGUGCCCAGAGACAGGGUCCGGCCCCCGAGGACUAACAGCUCCGCCCCUCCCGCCCGGGACUGCGCCCGCCCGGACGCGGCCGGCUGCUACCGCGUGCGCUUCGUGGCCGAGCAGGUGUCCCACCACCCGCCCGUCUCCGGCUUCUACUGCGAGUGCCCGGAGAGGCGCAUGUGCGUCAACGCCCACGUCUGGACCAAGAGCAAGUUCAUGGGCAUGUCCAUCGGAGUGUCCAUGGUCGGGGAAGGGGUCCUUUGCCUUCUGGAGCAUGACGAGGAGUAUGUGUUUACACUGCCCAGUGCGUACGCCCGCUCCAUCCUCACCGUGCCCUGGGUGGAGCUGGGCGGCAAAGUCUUCAUCAGCUGUGCCAAGAGUGGCUACUCCGCCACCGUCACAUUCCACACCAAGCCUUUCUAUGGAGGGAAGGUACACAGGGUGACGGCUGAGGUGAAACACAACCCCACCAAUACAAUCGUGUGCAAGGCCCAGGGGGAGUGGAACGGAACACUGGAGUUCACCUAUAGCAGCGGAGAGACCAAAGUGAUUGACACUGGCAAACUGCCAGUCUUCAGGAAGAAGAUUCGGCCGGUGGAGAAGCAGGGAAGAUCAGAGUCGAGGCGGCUGUGGCAGAGUGUUACCAUGGCGCUGAAGGAGGGGAACAUCGACACGGCCACUGAGCAUAAGCACUGCCUGGAGGAGCGGCAGCGCGACGAGGAGAGGCAGAGGGCCGCCAGCAACACGCCCUGGAAACCCAAGUACUUCAUCAAAGAGGGAGAAGGCUGGGUGUACCACAACCCUCUGUGGAAGACACACUGACGCCAGGAGAGAAGACCAUCGCCUGCUGUCGGCGAAGCCUGUGCAGAAAGGGGGUGGGGUCAGGGAGGGACGAAGGGAAGCUGGGCCACAGAGGCGGAGGAGGAGCCACUGACAAUGCCGCCCCCUUUCCUCUGGACUUUAGAGCUGAUUGGCGGGGGCGGGGGAGGCAAGCCACAUCAUACGCCCCGUGGGAGGCGCAAAGAUGGCUAAAUGUGUGCUCCAACAGCGUCUGAAGUGUGCUACACAAACUUUCUCUUCGACCUGAGAGAAGUUUUGAGGUGGGGGAGCAGGGAAGGGAGAUGUAAUUUUUUAUUAUUCCAUAUAGAAUAUUUCUAUUUUUCACUUUGCCAAGACUUUUUUGCACGUGUAAUGUACAAGGGUGAUUUGCCACUGGUGGGUUUUUGGUCUUUCCCUCCAUUGACAACACAAAUAGCACCACUGUGAGCACUGCUCAGGUGUUCCCACCAUGGGGUGUUAAAGAUACACGAGGGCGUCAGCCUGCUGCAGUGAGCUCGAGAAAAACCCAGGCUGUGUAUCUCGCCAUCACGUUGUGUCAUCGGGACAGGAAGUGUAUCUGGAACACUGCAGAGGAAGUAUAUCUGGAACACUGCAGGGCAGUUGCUUUCAAGGUGAACUCCACUGUGUCCUAGUCCAAAGAAGCCUUGUUCUGCCAGUUUUCAAAUUUCCAGAGAUUUGCUCAUCCAUUUGUAGGCAAGUCUCUCGGUGGAUCCCCUAUACUCACCUGCUGUCAAAAGUAUACCAUAACUCCAGUCCUACCUACUGUCGGAAAUAUACUGUAGCCCUGACACUUUAGAUCCAGCACAUUAAUUUCAGUGCAUACAACAUUUCCAUAAUCCUACCUUCUGAUGUUAAAAUGUGUAACUUUCUGGCUACAAAUGUAUUAGUUAUUCCACUAAUAUAUCUAAUUUUAUGCAUAUACUCUGGAAUGAAUUUAAAAUGACAUGUAACGUUACAACAUAUGCUUCAGUUUAUGUUGAAAUACAGUGAAAUAAUUAUAGACAGUGUACCAACAAUUGGACGGUAUGUUCUUUGUUUCCUGUUUAAUAUCGUAUUACCGUUCCAGUGAUUUGCUGUUUGGGGAAAAAAAGGGAAGCGCCUUCAGCAGGCCUUUUUGUGUACUGGUUUCACUGCCUCUGCUGAGACUGACAGGUGUGAGGAAAUGGAUCGCCGUAACCACGGACAGUUCCGGGCGUCAAAUGAACAGAGCAGGCUUUUCUCCCAAUUUGACACGGAAAACUGCGAUAGGAUUCAGACAUGUUCCAAAUGAUAUACAGAUCAAAUUAUUUAAUGAUUUUGGGCAUUUGGCAUUUUGUUCUAAAUGCUCCUUGGCCUUUAUUACUUUUGAAAGGCAGCCCGUUUGAGAUAAGGAUGAUUAAUUGGGGGAUGUGGGUGAUAAGCGUGCAAUUAAACAGGCAGUGUAAGGGAAAUUAAAUGGCCACCUUGUCAAUCACGAGUGAUCUGUUCUUUCUGAGACACUGCCCCUGUUAGUAACCCGAAGUUGUUUUUAAAUAUAUUUUGCCUACCAAAAUAUUCAUAAUUAGGAUUAGAAUUUUGAAAAAUAAACAAGGGAACACAAUGAAAUGUAUUACAGGAUUUGGUGCCUGUACUGUCCAAUGUCAGCUGUAACUAAGCAACGCGCUUUCACUUGUUCUCUGGUGAGUAUACUUGGGUGCUUGAGUGUGUUAUGCAGUUGAACUGACAGAGUUUGUGCCAUAUUAUCAGAAGUAAAAAUGAAAUGAACAACAGUUUUGCUGUAACUGCUGCCAUAGAUUCUGAAAAUGUCUUGAAAGUAUGAAAAACAGGUACAUACUGAGGAACAGUAUAUAUCUACAGUGACCCACCCAACACCGUGAUAUUAUGAAAUGGGACUGAAGUCAGUCAGAUACUAUGCCUCUUCACAUUCAAUAAUAAGCUUGAGUGCCACACCAAUUAAAGCAACAUCUUCAGAUGAGCUGCUCAGAUCUUCUGAAACCUAAAUAAUCAAUUAUUGUGUGCUUGAACUUGUGGGCAAGACUAAUAUUAGUUAUUUCAUCAUGAGAUUCAUUUUUGCUGAUUGUGAUAAUGGUGGUGGUGUUGGUCACAGAUGUAUGUAAUGCAGCCUGUUAGUAUUAUUUGAUUUGAUAAGAUUUUUUUGUGAUUUUGGUUUGUGGUUUUUGGCAUUAUUUGACCUGUUGAGCACUUUCAUACACUGUGUAGCCAGGGGGUGGACACCAGGGACUAAGGUACCAGUACGAGGUCAGGAACGUUUCCCCUGACCCCCUCAUGUUGGGUCUAUAGGGUCUAAAGCUGAGGGAUUUGUUUCCCCUAAAGGUAAAUAGUAAGGAUCCCAAAGAAAUUGUGUGUUGUGUGUACUUAUAUUAUAAUUCCAAUUUUGAAAUACCAGGGAUUUGAACCCACAACCUUCUGGCUGCAAAACAUAUUUCCUGACUACUUCAACAUUCAACUGUACAGAAGGUCUGCUGAUUGCUUUAUUGUGAUCAAUUUGCACCUUGGAAAGCCGAAGUGAGUUGUAAAGAGGGGUGGGGAAUGUGUACAUGCUGUAGGUGUGAGUUCCUUCACGUGUCUUGAAUGUAUGUAAAACUGUGAGAGAAUGAAGUUUGUUCAGCAUGGUAAUGUAUUCAGCUAGCUUGAACCAAACUACUCUCACCUGAGUAGAACCUAUGCAACACUUGAAAUAUAGUAGCUUGGUGGGGAUUGGUUUAAAAUAAAUACACCUUGGCAAUCACA